AUGGACGAGUCUCGCGCCGCCGCCGCCGCCGCCGCCGCCGGAUCAGUCGGUGGGAGGAGGAAGGCUUCCCGGCGCGCCUCAGCCGCGACUGCUGCCAUUAAGGAUGAUGCUGCUGCUGGUGGUGGUGGUGAUGAUCGUGGUGAUGCUUUUGCUGUCGGUGCCAAUGGCAGCAGCGGAAACGCCACAGCCAGCGUAACUGCCCGCCGCCGCGGGGGAAGGAAGGCUGCUGCGGCCGUGGCGGAGGCGGAUGUGCUACUGCGGCUACAGCCAGAGGAGGAGCCGCCGCUACUCCGUCCGUUGUCCGUUGGAGACGGAGGCGCUGGAGGUGGCGAGGCCCGCCCAUGCGGCACGGUCGGGUAUGGGGCCGAAGGAGGCAAAGUGGCGAGUACCGGCACGAAGAGACGGGGCAGGCGGCAGGCAGGUAAAGCGCUCGAAGGAAUUGAUAUGUUGGAAGCACCGGAAGCGGUGGAGGCAGAGGCUGGCGGUGCUCAAUCUCAGGAUAUCGCAGCUUCAGUGCAGGUUGUGGGGAAGAAGCGCCGCUCAGGCUCCGGGAAUAAGUCGUCGCAAAGCGGCAAAAACAUGGCUGGGGCCGCGGGAGAGGCGGCGGUAGAGCCGGAGACUGUGGCGGCAGAGGCCGCGGAAGCGACGACGGAACCGGUGGAGGCAGCGCAGGCGGAAGAUCCUGGAUCCCCGCGGCGGCAGCGGCGGCGGCGGCGCGCAGUGGCGGCGGGUACGGAGGUUGCCGCGGCGGAGCUGACGGAAGAAACUCAGGCGACGGCGGCGGCAGGUACGUCAAGGCGACGGCGGAAGACUGCCGCGGGUACGGAAACCGAAGCGGCGACGGCGCCGAGUGUUGCGGCGGCGGAGGCCGCGGAGGCGGUACCUGCUGAGUGUCGAGCCAGGUCUCCGCGACGGCGGCGGAGUGCUUCAGCGGGGGCGGCAGCGGGGGCGGAGAGCUCACCACUGAAUGACGAAGGGGAGGUCGCGGCCCUGCAGGCACCCACGGCGAUGGCGGGGGUUACGAAGACGCGCCGGCGGGGGGCCGCCGCUGCCGCCUUGGAAACGCGGGCAGAGGUGGCGUCAGCGGCGCUGGAGGCGAAGAAGGUUUGUGGCGGCGAAGUCCAGGGCGCUCGGAAGUCGGAGAAAGAGCCGCAGCCGCGGCGGCGACGGCGGGGGUGA